UCGAGUGCAGCCUCCCAGUGUCUGGGUCGCCGUGGAUAGUCUCCCAUCUUCACAUAAUCUUUUGCUUUAAAUUCUUCUUUUGUUUUCGUUGCUCCGGGAUUUAAAAAAAAUCAAACCCGGCCUUUUCUCCAUGACUGGAAAGUACGGCUUUGUAAACCUUACCCUCCUCUCGCUGAUCACUGGGGAAAAUGUAAAUUGAAAUCAUUCAGAAAGAGCCCGUGGGUACUGUGGAUCGUGGGUGAAGUUCAGUGUGUGGCCGCGCAUCACUGGCGAUGAGGAUUGAUUCCUUAGGCCGGGGGAAAUGAACGCUCUCGUUUAAAGGGUUAACUCAUUCCAAGAAUCUGAAACGAACAAAAGGUUGUCCAUUUUCGUUUUUUGUCUCUUUGCCGCCCGUGGUGCUUCGACCCUGCCUGUCAGCAGAGAAAGAGUUGAAUUAGGCCGAAUGUAUUCAAUUAGUGACUGGCUGUUAUUAGUGGAGUUACACGAGGGAAACAGGCUUGUUCCCAGGAUCGGCGCAGUGUUUGCAAACCACUGAAUCGGGCUACAAACGACCAAACGCUCGGUUUAACCAAAGGUGUAUGCAUGUGUACGCGCGCAGUCAGGGUUUCAGAACCGUGUUCGUUCGCUCCUCACUCACCCGCCUUUGGAGAAAAACAUAUUUAGGGCUACAAAUACAAGCUCUUUCUGGACCGUGUAAAUCUUGUGAUCGAAGUGGGAUUAGCGGUGAUUUGAAUUCAUCACCUCUAUGAUUUGUCAGGAGAAGGCAGUAACUCCGCUGUACCCCAGCAACUGGCCCCAAGACACGCUUGACCUCCGGGAAGGACAUUCUGACUUGUUCCGUAUCUCCUGCACCAUGAGUCAUUUGGAGCUCACAGGCUGGUAUUGGGGAGCACUCACAUCAGUUGAAGCACGAAAGAUUCUGAAUCAAACCACAGAAGGCACAUUUCUAGUCCGGGACAGCUCUAACCCAAAAUAUCUCCUAACACUUUCUGUCAAAACAAGCUCAGGACCUGCACAUCUUCGCAUUGAGUACAACGAGGGAAAGUUUGGCUUCGAUUCAGUAGUUUUGGCAAAACCAAAGCUCAAGAAUUUUGAAGAUGUAGUUGAUCUUGUCCAGCAUUAUGUCUCAGUGUCUAAAAGUGCUCACACAGCACAUGACCAGUCAAUUGCACCAGUGACUAAAGACACAGUCAUUCAUCUGAAACUGACCAAACCUCUGUAUGUUGCAACUCCUUCGUUGCAACAUCUUUGUAGGAUUAUAAUUAAUAAAAGUUCCAGGACAAUCCAAGAACUUCCUCUGCCCACUAGAUUAAAGGAAUAUUUAUUAGAAUACCCUUUCCACUUAUAAGCAAGUCAACUGAUAAGCAUUCCAAGCAUGUGAAUGAGUAAACGACGAAAAUAAGUGGUUGAGGGACUCGUAUACUGAGGACAUGUUCAACUGUGUUACAUUAAGGACUGAGGCCGAAUGCUGCACCAUGUGGAUGAUGAAUUUGAACUAACCAACACUUUUUAUAUUUGGAUCAAAUUAAUCAAAAACACUUUUACAGUUUCUUGGUUAAUACGAAUUAGUUUAGUUUUCAAAGUUUCUGGUACCUAUUUGAUUUUUAUUCUGUACUUCUGUUCACAGCUUGCCACAGUGCACUAUACACUGCAGAUACCUUGAACUCCUGAGAUGCAUUGCAUAAGGAAUAGAUUGGCUCUGACAGGAUGAGAGGAGAUGAAGCGCUAUAGUGCCAGGAAGUACUGGUGAGACAGUGUUGAAUGGAGGGUCGUCACUAAAUAUUAGUAUGCCCUCAUUUUUAGUUCAAUUGUCAGAAUGCUUUGUCGGGAACUGCUUGACUUGACAUUAAGAUUUUAGAACUCCUGGUGCUCCCUUUGAUGCUCAUAAACCCCAAUACGGGUAAACUCUGUACAUUCACCUUGACACAAGUUGGCUGUGUUUUUCAGUUGUGAAGCAAACUGGCCUCUUCCUGUGAAAGACAGUUAAUGAUCCACUCUUAGGACAGAGGUGGGAGUUGGUGGAAGAAAUCAGCAUUGUUUCUUUUGAUUUUUGCUUCCUAUUGAGAAUUUGGGUAACGUACCAGUGGCACACUUGACACAAGCAUGAGUUUUAGAAAAGGGGUUACAUGGCAAUCCAAUCAGCAAAAAAAAAACAGAGAAAGGGCCAUGUAAUGUCACAUAAUAUUCUAAAACAUAAAUUAUCUGUGCUUAAUAUGUUUUAAAGUUGAAGACAUUCUGCAAACAAUGAACCAAAAGAAUUGAUCACGAAAGGUACUUAUUUGUAAAUUUGUCCAGGGAACAAAAAAACUGCUGUCCAGACAAUAGUUAAAAAGAUUGCAUUGCAUUGUGUGACUGGAAUGAUGCCAGUAGUGCACUGAUAUCUGCAUACGAGGAAAGCAGCUGCUUAAUUGGGUUGCUGACUCCUAAGAAUCCUUGGAACAAGGAAAGGCCACUGAGCUUGUAAUGCUUGUUCUGUCUUUUGAAUGUGUGCUAUAGAUAGCCACAGUCUGCCAUGACCCACUUUAGGAUCUGUAGUCCCAACUGUCACUGACUUGUUCAAAGCUCAAGCUUCCAUAAAUACUCUAUACCUACCUCAGAUGGGAUUUGCCAUAGGAUACUUACAAUCAAUACUAGGCAUCUUAUCCCAAAUACUGAUUCAGUGCAAGAGAUUAUCUUUUGAGAGCAAAAUGCUGGAAACUUGUCUUGUGUAUAGAACAGCACAUCAGGCAAGCUCGUACUGAAACAGGCCCACUAGCCUUGAUUGCUACCCAGGUUCCCUCAGACUUGCACUUAGCUCGGCUGAAAGCAGAAGGCUAACUUCACUGGGCAUCCACACCUGUUUAAACCAACAAUGAAGUCUCAGUAGUGACUGCCCCAAAAUGCCACCAAUGAGUAUUUCAGUUGGCAAUGUGAAAGCCAUCUGUAAAAGUUAUAAGGCAAAUCAAGUUUUAAAAUGCCUCUGAUGUUCAAAUGUAUUUAAAAAUUCUUAACGUUAAAGUACAUAUUAAAACAUAUGGAGUUAAUGAAAAGCACAAUCACUGGAAAUAACUGUAAAAACAUUAAAAAGAAGCAAAAUAUUAAAAAAAAACUUCCCCUUUGACUCCUGAGCAACAAGCCUGGAAUGCCAACUAAAAUCAAUUGGGUCUAAAAUUUGACCAAAAAUUUCUUCAUGUGGAGUCUAGCAAUAGAAGGUAUUGUCAGAUAUACUGCUGUCUGUCUUUCAGUAAAUCCAAGAAUUCCCAGCCAUUCAUAUGACUGAGUGUUAUUGGAUCUAAUAAGAACUGUUGGCAAAACUCAGUAAGAUUUCAUCCAAUAUUUUGUCCCACCUGCUUAUUAUAUUUUUUCCCCUAUUAUGUGUCAGAUAUUCUACUUCUCUACUUAUAGAACACUAGAAUUUUGGUUGUGUUGGUUCUAGGUAUUUGUCCAAACCAUUACAAAAUUAAAGGCUUUACGAGUGCAAAUUAUAACCCAAUAAAUUGAAUUAUAGUGAAUAGACUAUUUCAGGACAGAGUGGACAUGACUGGAUAAUUCCUUUGUCACUCAGGUCUGCUGACCAUGUUCCUGCUUGUGACAGAAAAUGAAUUGAAGGUUGUUUACAUACAACUAACCUCCACUCCCUGAAUUUCUAUAUAUAUCUGAAAAAAACCCAGCUUCAAUUGGGAGAAGUUGUUGUAGACUGAGUAAUUUGGCAUUGCUUGUUGAACCAACAACUGUUUGCUUUGAGUCCUGAUAAAUGCUUCCUGCAACUCUUCCUGCCCCCACCGCCAAUUCAAUUGGUUACAAGCAGAGUUGUUGAGACAGUGUUGUCAAUAGUUGCUCCAAAAAUAAGGGUGUGUUUUUGCAGUGUAUUUUGGCACUGAAUUGUCCAGAUUAUGCUGUUUGGACCCUACCAUGUACACUCAUCCCUCAGUCACGCAAUAUCUGGCACUGACCUUGGAUGUCUGGAAAGGAUUUGUUUUGAGAACUUCCUACACUCAGCUGGCAAGUCACUGCAUGCUAGCAGUAACCUGGUCACAUGGCUAGAACCAAAACUGUGGAGAAGCUGUUCAACAGAUCACAAAGCCACACACAAGCUUUGCUCCCUGUCAAGGCUGUUGAGCUUUUUUUAUUAUUGUUCCCAAAUGCCCCUGACAAUACAAGUACAGAUACAUACAAAAACAUUACAGAUAAUUGCAUAUAUAAAUAUCAAUUUACUUUUACUUUUUUUUCUUGCAGCCAUAUAAUCACUAUUUAAAUGAAUAGGGUUGUAUAUCCUGUGCCAGAGCUAAUCUGGAGCAGGAUCUGUGAGCAGAUUCCCCAUCUUAAAUCCUGGACAGUUCCAGCAAAAUGGUGCUCCAUUUCUGUGACAAAACAGAGUGAUACAUUCACUCGCAGGAAAUGCUGACAAUACCUAGCAAAAAAUCUGGGUUAAUGUAAAGGUCAUGGUUCAUGAAGAACAAUAAUUGAUUGGGUGGAGAAAACUAUACAACAACACAUUUCCUGCAAUUAACUCACAAUUGCUACAAAUUGGAAGUUCUCCAUUUUAGUUUCACCCUACUAUUUGGUUAUUGCUGGAGUUAAUUAUAGUUUCCAGUAUUUAAAGCUAACCCUGAUCUGAUAUUAACUUGGAUGAUAUGAAAUUUUUAAAAGGUACACUGAUGCUUCAUUCUUGGUUUUAAAGGAUUUAUGAUGUCUGAUUCCAACAUCUGCUUAAAUAUAUUACAAAAAAUUCAAAGAAAAUAUUGCCAGAUACCCAAACCCUUUUCAUUUUCCUCCCAUUGGAGCUAUUUUGUUUUUCUAAGCAAGUACACACUGUACAAGAGGUGUUUUGCCUUUCAAUCAUAGCGAGUAUUCACACUUAGUCUGGAUGGCUGGAAUGAGUAUAGUAAUUGUGUAGUGUUGGAUUGGUAACCUUUUUUUGCUUGUGAAUCUGACAUAUUUGUCAUAGACCAUGAACUUAUAUUUUUCAUAUUUAUUUCAAAUUUUCCAAAAAAAGUAAGAAUUUGUCUUUAAGGGCCAACAUUUAGAGAAAAAUGUGCCAUGUUGAUCUUGGGAUUUAAUAAUUCUUGGCCAAAUGGAAUCCUUCUUUUAAUAUUUGGGAGUGAUGAUCCUUAAAUAUAUUUUCCUUUUGAAUAACUUGGUGACAGUUUGGCAGUUUUAAAAAUGAACAACUGGGAUGUUGUCAUUAUUGCACUCAGAGGUUAGGGAACUACAAAACAAUCCAACCAAACUCAUUGUUACUUCAUAUGGUGAUGAUCAAGCUAGCUAAGCAAAGGUUCCUUUCAAAAGUUUUCUCCAGCUGUGGUUGAUACCAGCCAUUGAUGCAUAUGUUGGAUAUGCUUAAUACCUGUAUGUACUUUGAAUUUAGUUUGUUACCUUUCCUCCGGUUGCUAAGAUUUGAAAAGUAUAAAGCUUUUUUUUUUAAAGUGACACAAGUUAUUAGAACAGCAAAUCAGCAAUAUUAAUAUUUGGAUUUAUAUCCUAACAUGCCUACUUUUCUUUAGAAAUGAUAUCUUUUGACAGUUAUCAAGGCACAUUCUGAUCUAACAAACUGUCUUCUUUUAGUUUUAUUUUUAGUCUAAAUUGUAUGUCAUUCUGCAUUUCAUCCACAUUGGAUUAGAUUUCUGAAAAUAGGUUGCUCAAUAUAACCCUGUGGAGCAUAAAGCAGGUAUGGCCUUCACCACUUAAUGGAAUUAAAAUGUGUGGCUGAUUACACUGGGAAUAGUGAGUAUUCGGUAUAGUAACAGAUCCCACCCAAAUUAGAUCAUUGAGCACACUGGAAAUUGUGCUGCGGUUUCAAUAGUAUCCAAUGUUUUCUUGGAACAAAAAGUGAACCUGAUAUUAUUCCCUAUGUAUAAAAUAAUCGGAAAAUUGUGAGGAAAGCUGGAUUGGCAAUAUAUUUGUCUGCUAAAAUAGAAAUGAAUAGUUUUAAAUUAGAAUUAAAUGAUUUGUAAAAUAAUGUUCAUAAUUUGUUUAUUACUUUUCAAAUUGAAAAAUGAUGAACUCAUUAUUGUGAGCUUUAUUUUGGAAAAUGACAUAAUUGAACACUUUUUUUAAAAAAAUGAUGUUUUCAUGCAUCUUAAAAACUUGAAGAGUGACUUCUGCAGAAGACUCCAUCAUCAUUAGGUCCCUGAGAAAUCUGCAUUAAAACUACUUGGAAUUUAACUUCAGGCAAUGUUUUAAAAUUAAUCAGUCCUUUACAAAAACCUUUGGCCUCUAAUACAAUUGUUUCUUAAUUAGCUUAUUUGUUAAUAUCCAUUUAAAGCUCAUUGAUUGUGUGAGUCAAAAUGAAGGUGGCAGAUCAGAGAUUAAUGUUCAUCAGGAGUUGCCUGUUGCCUGUUUUCAUACAAGGAAAAUGUCGAACCAUGAAGAGUCAAAUCAUGUGGGGCCCAGGGUACUCCCAUGUCUGUGUGAUUCCGGUUAUAAUGUUACAUCAUACCAUGGUACGUCUCUACACAAUUUGUGUGCCCAAAUACCUGGGUGGAAAAACUCAGUGGUUAUUAUUUGAGCAAAAGAUGCUGAUUGGGGUGCUAAGGGUGGGGUGAGGAAAUAAAUUGUAGUGCCUUUAUAUAAGGAAGUGUUUAAUGUGCAUGUGCAGUAUAUUUAGUGUUUCAAGAAACCUUAUUAAAUAGUCAGUGACUGUACUUGUUGGCUAAAUCACAAAAUACUAAUGUAUUCCAAUUUAUACUGUAAAGAAAGAAGUAGGUGAGCUGGCACUACCUAAUGCACAUCCACACCCUCACCAACCCCAGCACCCCCAAUCCUCAAGUCUGAAGCUCUAACUGAUGACUUCCUGAUUAAAACAUGUCAUUCAGGAAGGAAAGCUGGAAGAGGAACCAAAAGCAAUAUACUUCGUACUAUUGAAUUGGCUGCCAGCUUUUCAGUUAACUUAAAAGACAAGGAUGAUAUUUAAGACUUAUUCUAUAAUUAUGAAUAUGUUAGAUAGUUAAGGCAAAAUUGGCUCCAUUGGAAAACUUUUACUGCUUUCAUUAUUUCCUCAUCCUCCAUCUGUGUCUCAAAUAUUAUGGACAACUUUUUUUUUUGUAAAUGGAACAGUGUUCCAAGGGGCUUGGACUCUUGGGUGGCAAUCCUGUGAUGUGCUCAAUCACCAUCGGCCACGGAUGGGUUCAGGUUGUGAUUCCCCACUUGUUGGUGUCUUUACAAAGGCAUCUGUUCCCUGUGUUCUCUUUGACUUUCUAAUUAAUUCCAUAUUUAUGAUCCUAAUUGAAAAUCCCCAGCAAUACCACAAUGAAGUUAAUUUCUCCUAACCAGUACAAAUGUGGAUCACUUACAUAUAUUGUAUUGAAGUCUCUCUUUGUUGCAUUUUUCUAGUUAUUAGCUAGCCUCUAAAUCUGAUCCACCAGUAUAGAGGUAUAUAUAUGCAUAUCAUGUUGUAAUUUUAAUAGACUGAUUUCACUAAGUGUGAAGUUACUACACAAGGUCAAUCUAUUUGGUGCUAUCACAGUGGAAGCAAAUAAAAGCUGCUGUGAAGUGGACAGAUGGCUCUAGAAUUUCAUCCUAGUGAUAUUUAAGAUUAUAACAAGACCAAGAUAGAUUAAGAUACAAAUGCAAAUUCCCCAAAGUUUAGUGCCUGUUAUAAACUUGUAAAUAGUCCAUCAUUCUACAUUAAUGAUGAAGAUGCAAAUUUGUGAAAACAUUUAUUUUCAAACUUUGCUACUAUUUUAGAUCUUCUGAUUGUACCCCAAAAUAGGAAGUAUUCAGAUGAAUUAAAGAGAAACAUGUCCAGGGCAUUAAUGUUCAGGUUUGAUGGUUUUGCAAGAAAAAAGUAGCCAGUUAGUAUUAUGCUAUAUAAUAGUAACAGGAACAUAAAACAUAAAAGAAAGUAUGAGCAGGAUAGAUCUUGUGGCCCAUCAAGAUUGCUUCACCAUUCAAUAACAUAUUGACUGAUCUAACCUUGGCUUUGACUCUACUCUUCUGCCUGUUUCCUAUAACCCUUGACUCUGCCAGAGGCCAAAAAUCAAUCUGUCUGUCUUGGCCUUGAGAAUGUUCAGUGAUUCAGCCGCCUCAGCUCCCUGGGGGAGAGAAUUCCAAAGGCUCAUGAUCCUCUGAGAGAAGAAAUUCCUUUUCAUCUCCAUCUUAAUUGGGCAACCCAGCAUCUAAUCUAGUCAAUCUUCAUGAGGGGAAAGUCAUGGGGAAUAAUCUGUGUAAUAACUUCAUCCCUAUUUUUAUGUAUAACUGUGGGUAAGUGGGUGAGGAAGAGAUUGGUGGUGAGAGGUUGUGCAGUUCUGUUUGCAUGUGACCUUUCCACUCCAGAUUGGGAGUGAUUCAGUCUGUUAAAGGUGUCUGUACAAUUUGUGAAGUAAGUUUCAAAUGGUUGAUAUUACUUGUGUAAGGGUUAUGAAUUCAUCUUUGAGUUAUGUAGGAGAAACCCUUUGCAUUUAUCAUGUUUUAUGUCAGAAUUCACCUGCCUGAAACAGGAAUUUUACCACCUUUGAUGCUGUGCAUCUGUCAAUUACACACUAUGAGCUUCUAGUCAGUGAGGUCAUUACAUCAGAAGCUGCUUUUUUUUAUAUUUAAAAAAGAUUUAAAGAAAAAAGCAGCAGAUGUUUCUGUAAUAAAACCCACAGAGACAAUAAUAGUUUAGGAUUGACUGGCUGAGGUGCUUAUAGUUCCUAAUUGUGUAUUUGUUCAAAAUAUUCUGGAGCAUAUGUAAUUAUAUAGAUUAAUGAGUACCAUUUUAUAUUCCUAAAUAUUGUAAAAAUGAACUGGUAUUAAUAAUCAUCAAAUUAACACAAGCUAAGUAAGGCAAAUAGAUUUGCUUCAACUGUUCACAGUCCACCUGGCUUCCAUUUUACUGACUUCCAGUAAUGUGAACUGUGGAAUUUUCUGAGAUGAAUUUAUCCCAUAUAAAUCUUUUAACUGAUUGUCUUCAGUAUUGGAGGUCUUGUUCAUAUGAACAGAUCUGUUCUCUCAGGAGGAGUUUAAGCACUCCAAUGCACUGUCCUAUUACAGUGUGAUUUAAGUAGCUGAUUUAUCAACUGCUGGGAAAUAGCCAAGUUAUGAAAAUGGUGCACACACAAAAGUCAGUCUUUUGUGUCAAUAUAUUAACAACCUGUUGGUGCUGAACCAUUCUUGGUUAUUAACACGUUGCUCUUUCCUGGUACCUGCUAAAUAUCCUCAAUUCCAUUUUAUAGCUGCAAAGCUGUUGUUACAUCUAUAAUGGUGACUAUUCAACCAUUAGUAAUAUUUUUUUCUGACUUAAUAUAUCCAAACUGCAUUUGACAAAGUAUCUUGAAUGGUAAUUUCCAAAAUCACUAUAGAAUAUUAUGCCUUGUUAUGGGAAUGGCUACAUAAUUAAAGAGGCAACAUAUAAGUGUUUGUCAAACCACUCUUCUCAAUAGGAAGAAUCAAAUCAGUUUAUUACCAUGAUAAAUGACAUCAUUAACCUAAUAAUGCAAUUCAAUCAUUGUGCAGCAGUUUUUAAUAAAGAAUUGAUUUUAAAAAAAGGGAUUACUAACUACUUUGAAGGGGUGCCCCUUUGACUUCCUGGAGUUUGGAAAUUACAGCAUCAAUAGCAAUCUUAUUCUCAUUCUCCAAUUAGUGUUGGUGCAACCAUUUCUGAGAAAUGGAAUUCUGCACAGAGUUUAUAUGCAAAUAAUUUUUGGAUUCCCUACUUUAUUAGCAGCAUGUCUGAUAAAAGCACAAGGUAAACUAAAUAAGAUUCUGUUUACAUCAAGAUAAGGAAAAUAUGUAGUUCUUUAUUUUAUAUUUUUAUAUUGUUCCUGAAAUAAUGAUUAUGUUGAUACAUUUGGAAUAUUUGCUUAGCGACUGAAAGAGUGAUAUCUCUGGCUUUUACUUUACAUCUGAUCUUAUUUACAACAGAAAUUGGGGUAAAGUCACAAGGUAACUGAAUAGUUGGUUAACUGAGAGGAGUCAGCUGGUCUGGCCAAGAAAUCUGUUGUAAUGUUGGAAAAACUGAUCAUCUUGUCUCCAGCGUAAAAUGUGUGUGUUGGAGAAAGAGUAUCACCAGUUAAUGUAUUGUCUUUGUGGAAACACAAAGGAUAUAUUCAUGGUCCAGGCUUUUGGCUGACGCAUAAUUGUUGUUUGGGAUGUGUCAUGAGAAUAAGUAAGAGAUCUAAAAUACUCAUAUGGCAGGCUGCACUUUAUAAAUCUUCAUGGAUCCUAGAUUGUGAUAGACACUCUUUACAGUGUUUUACUGAAUGUUAUGAUACUCUUUGAACAUUAUCAGUCUUCAGUCCAGUAUUAACAUCAGAAUUUAUUACAAAGAAAACACUGGACUGUUUAAACCUUAUGCUUUUAGAUGAAAGAGAAAUCCAUAAAUAUGUAUUAAAAGUGAUUGAGACUAGCACAGUUAUUGUGUUAAUGUUGAUAGAUUCUGUAUGCAAACCUCUAUAAAAAUAAGCUUUUCUCCUUUUGCCAGUUGACCUGAAAUUGAACUUUGGCUGGCCUGUACACAUUGAUAUUCUGUAUUAUAUUUAAUUGACAGUACUGUUGUUACAUUCCUGGAACUGCAGGCACUGUAAAAUAUAUUCUCUGAUGUUUACACCAUGUCUUUGGAAUUUGUGAAACUUGUUUUCAUUCACACUCAA